UGUCUAUAACUGACCGCUCGACAUCUGCUUCGCUUAGAUCAAAUAAGAAGUUGUUAGAUUGUUAUCUUGUUAAAUGAAAACCAUACAUUUUUCUUAUCUCUCACAAUGAUCGACGCGAAUAUAAUAAAAAUAUGGUUAGAAGUAAAGUUUUAAGUAUUUAAUAUCUGUAAAAUCUACAUAAUUAAUACAAAAAAGUUAUUACAUAUCAACAUUGAAUGUUUCAAAAACCAGAUAUUGAUUAAAAACCAAAUUGGAAUAGACAAGCUUUUUUUUUAUAUAGAUCCUUUAAUUUUAGAAGAGAUAAUUUUGUAGAGACGUAUAUUAAAUAUAAAUUUUUAUAUUUCCUAAUUUUGUUUCCCUAAAUUUAUUUAUAUUUAUAUUAUAUCAAAGAAAUUAUAAAUAUAUUCAUUUAAAACUGUAAAGCUUUAGAUAAUACUAAAGUCUUGCAUGUUAAAUUUACAGGAAUAAAUUUCUAUUAUUAGUUCUAUAAUAUUAUAACGUAAAGUUUCUGUAAUCUAUACUUGAGUAAUGUUUAAAUAUUUAUAUUUUGCUGACACGUGAAAAAAUAAUUUGCUUUGUGAAAUUGCGAUCCAAUGCGCUAGAGACUGACGUUUAUUUGCACCCUUGUGUUAUCACCAAAGGACCAAUGUGACACGUGAUGUGGUGCAUCCAGUAGGUGUCAGAGAUGCAUCGAAGGGAACAUCGACUGCAUAUGCGCAGACACAGGAACAGAAAAGCGAAAGUGCAUGCUGCAAUGUGUUUACUAAUCUCGGUGGCAUCGGUUACUCGACUCUCGUACCAAAUCCACUGACAUUAAUAUCCUUCGCAUUACUGAUCCUAAUCGCUGUUACCUGGUCCUCCGGUUUAACUUUUUACCGUCGUUAUCUAUUACACAAGAGAAUCUGCUGGAAAUACUUAGGCUUGUAAUUGUACAAGAAAAUAAAAAACCUGAAAAAGAUAUACUCUUUUCAUCAAUCUAAAUAAACAUCUACAGAUAAACCAAAACUGUAUAAAAUUCUGAAAUAGUUUUCUCUGUAUUGCAAUACAUAAAUAACUAAUUUAACAAAUGUAUUUUGCAGCAUGAUAAUUUUACUUAAUAGAUACAUAUUAUUUCGUUAUUAUAUAAAAUCGGGAAUUUUUAUAUAAAUUUUUAUAUCGGCAAUAAUUAUGCAAAAUACACAAGCGACGUUAAAUGUCCCAAGAGUGUGCCGCAGUUAUCUUCCGGGUUUUUUUUUAAUACGCGCGGAAUGCAUACGCUUCAAUACCUCCCCCUUCACAUCGGGAGUGACAUCGCGAAUGAUGCUCGCGCUUUCUGUCAGUCGGCGAAAUGACGCGCCGGAGAGCGUUUCUGUUUGCGUUUUUAUUGGCGUUGCUGUUCUGCGCGACGAUCCAACGAGGUGCUUCCGCCGUCGCCGAAACUACCGAAAACAAAAGUUUCACCGAAAAAGCACAAGCGGCAGGUUGCAUCGAAUGCGGAUAUUACAGAUGUCCAGAGGAUCCAGGAAAAUGUUUAUUGGGCUCGAUGCCUGAUCCUUGCGGGUGCUGUCCGGACGGUUUAUGCGCCCGCCUUCUUGGAGAACCAUGUUGGAACGCCAGCAUCCCUCUUUUACCUGCAAAGUACCUCAACGAUGGAUACUGUGCAAGAAAUUAUUUGUGCGAGUUACGUUCCGAUCUACUGGAAGAGGAUGCCCCGGAGGCUACCUGCGUCUGCAUGGAACAAAGCCCUGCGUGCGGUAGUAAUAACGAAACUUACGCGACGCCGUGCGCGUUGCACGAAGAGGCGAUGAAACUCAGGAACUCGUCUUCCUUGAGGCUGCAACACCUUGGUCCUUGCGAGAGUAGACCUUGGAUCCUUUCGGAUCUGGAAAACGUUGCCUCACCGUACGGUCAACGGGUCGCGCUGAAUUGCGAGGCACAGGGCUUCCCCGUGCCAGAUAUCUUUUGGGAAUUUCACUCAGCUGACGGGAGGAGGGUGCUAAAAUUGCCAGGCGAGGAACACGAGGCGACGGUACAUACGAGCGAGGGUCCAGAGCCCCUUAUGCGGACCUCUUGGAUGCAAUUGGCUCGGCUAAGCAAAGAGCACAUUGGAAUGUAUCAUUGCAUUGCUAACAAUUCCAUGGGCGAAGCGAGUACGGCUGCAUUUGUGUCCAUGUCGUGAGAUUACGUCUCAUAAAACAGUUUUCCGUGUAAUCGCAUCGUAUAUGAUAUAAUGUAAUGCAAGGAAAAAAAAGAUAAAUUAAUCAUACGUUCAGAGAGUUUACUUCCUUAACAAAUGUUAUGACGUAUGAAGAGUUCUAAACGAUAGCUUUAAAAUCGAUUAUAUUUCAUACAUUCGAAAUGUACGAACGGCAGUUGACUUGUAAUGCAGAAAUUCGUUUAUCAUAAAUAAUAACAAAUAGAAUUGUUUUGUACGAUCUAUAGUUCAAGCUUCCUCAAUAUUCUUGCCAUAUUAAAUUUUAAUGUUAUAAUAAUAUCUCUCUAAGUC